AUGGAUUCUAUCAAUUCAACGCAAUCUUCAUUGCCAUAUUAUUCAUCAACCAACUAUCUGGCUAUUGUUAUUUUAAUUUUGUUAGCCAUUGCCUGCAUAUUAGGCAAUUUAUUAUCUAUUAUAGUUAUCUAUCGCAAUAAGAAUAUGCAUGAUCCGUCUGGCUUACUGAUGGCCAACUUAGCCACUGCUGAUUUAUGCAUCGGAUUAAUAUUUAUGACUACGACCGUUGUAUACACAUGGAAAAAGUCUUAUAUGUUUAACGAGUUAAGUUGUGCAAUGCGUGCAUAUCUUAUUACUGUUAUAGUCACUGUCUCGCAAUUUACUGCCGCUUAUAUUGCCAUAGAUCGCUGUAUCUAUGUCUGUAAGCCAUUGCAUUAUCCAAUGUGGAUUACAAAAUGGAAAAUGGGAUCCCUUAUUAUAUUUACAUGGAUAUUAGCAAGUUUAUUUGGUUCUAUUCCGUUAAUGCAGUUGGAACAAUAUGGCCUCGGUCGUUAUACCUAUGUCAGUUAUAUGUAUUCAUGCUGGCUAGAUAUAAAAAAAUUUCAACAAAAUGGCAGCAUCUUAUUAUUGCUAUUUAAUACUUUUAUUGGACUCUUGCUUAUCGUUUCAAUAUGUUACAUUAUUAUCCUGUAUAAAGCUAAAAAAGUACAUACCACUAUUCAGCCAUUUAGAAGGCAAUUCAAUAUACGGCAGCAACUACCGACACGAAUGGUUAAGCUAUCAUGGAUUAAUAAGCCUACUAAAACGUCGGUUAUACUCGUUGGUGUUUAUUUGAUUUGUGCAGCGCCAACAGCUAUAUUUGGUAUAACUAUGACAUUAAAUUUUGAAUAUUAUAAUGUUAGUGAUGCUUACUAUCGCGUUCUACUUUAUUGGUGUAUGUACGCUAACGCCUUAGCCAAUCCAUUUAUCUUUGGAUUUUCACAUCGAGAUUUCCGUCAGACAUAUCGAUCGUUGUGUUGUAAAAAUCCUAUGCGAUACAUAAUGCAAUUUCUACCGGUUAAGAAGCAGCCACCCAGUGGAAGUUUAUCGUUUACGAUUGUGCGAUCAUCCGAUAGUAACCAUCAUAGUAUAUCGCAUUAUCCAGCAAGCCGCUCAAUGAGAGUGAACGCUGCUGGGGGGAAAAAUUUAUUUCUUGACUUUUAA